AGUGUCCGGAGGUCAGUGCCUCUUUUCCAAGUCAGAUCAUUUUUGCCUGGAUCUGCAGCUUACUGCGCACUGGCUACAGAAAGCCCCUUGUUGAAGAUGAUGUCUUUGAACUGAAUCCACGGGACCAGUCCAGGACUGUUGUACCUCCUUUUGAAAAAGAGUGGGAAAAGGAGAGAAAGAU